GCAGCAGGAUCCCACCACCGGGGCGCGUCGAGCGUGUGAGGACCUGCAGGUAAAGGAGACACCUCGCUCUCAGAAGGUGUGUCCUUUAUUCUUUUAAAUAGACCAAGAACAUUUCAGUUAGAGGAACAACAGAGCUCAUUCCACGCUCCUAGAGCCGGACUUCUUUAACUUUGGGAAAUACCGAGAAGUUUGCAAAACGCGAAUUAUGGCUGUGUCUGCAAGUUAUAGCAUCGUUUUUAUUUUUGCAUGUGUAUGGCUAACUUUUGCAUCGGAGGAUAACGAAGAUUUUGUUCCAGUUGAACCCCGAGGACGAAAUUUGGAAGUCGUGGACGAUGAAGGCAAAUUAUUCAUUAAUAAGAUAACUAAAGAUACACUACAGAGCAGUCUCACAACUAUCUUCCUGCCAGUUAUUUACAUGAUUGUUUUGUCUGUGGGGCUGCCAACCAACGCGAUGGCAUUAUAUGUCUUGCUGUUCAGGUCAAAGAAAAUUCACCCUGGUACCAUUUACAUGGCCAACCUAGCACUGGCUGACCUGAUGUUUGUCAUCUGGACGCCUCUUAAGAUCGUGUACCAUUUGAAAGGAAAUAACUGGACUUUUGGUGAAGGGAUGUGCAAAGUUUUUGUGGGUUUCUUCUACGGCAACAUGUACUGCUCCAUCCUCUUCAUCACUUGUCUGAGCAUCCAGCGGUACUGGGUCUGCGCUCACCCGCUCUCCCAGCAAAGAAAAAACAACAAGUUUGCUAUCAUCAUAUCUGUUUGUAUCUGGAUCUUCAUUUGUGUCAGUACUACACCUUUGUACCUGUACCAGCAAACCGUUAAACUCUCGGAACUCAACAUCACCACCUGCCACGACGUCAGUCUUAUCAGUAAGGAGAACUCUGAUUCAGGCAAUAAGUUCCUGGAUGUUCAGCUGCCUUAUUAUUAUUUUAUGGUGAUGGCGGGUCUUGUCUUCUUCAUCCCACUGUUGGUCAUCAUUGCAGCUUAUAUUCUUCUCCUUCGCUCACUUGGGAAUCACACAGUCGAAGGGAAUACUGGAAAAAGCCGCCACCGAGCUGUGGUUCUCAUCCUUACGGUGCUCUUAACAUUCUUGGUCUGCUUCAUCCCAAGUAACGUGAUGUUGGUUGUGCAUUACGCUCUCCUGCGAAAUAACCAGGACAAUAAUGGCUAUGGUUUCUACAUCAUGACACUGAGCCUGGCCAGUCUCAACAGCUGCUUGGACCCUUUCAUCUACUAUUACGUCUCUGAUGAGUUCAGGGAGCACGUCAAGAACACGCUACUGUGCCGUAGCAGUCGAACGGUGAAUAGGAUGAGGGCCUCGUUUACCUCAUUGAAGUAUUCCAAAACGACCAAGACCUAUACUUCCAGCACAGGCAACACAGAUAGCAGCAACUGAUGAGAGCAGAUGGACAUGGACCAUGAUGGAAGUGAGCUGAUGUAUUUCUAUGUGGAAUAUAUAUACACGAUUUAUUUUAUAUGCAUGAUCUGUGUUCUCCAUUGGAUGAGGCUGAAACUGUCUGAGAGCAGAUUGAAGAGUUAUUGAAGACAUUUACCUUCAGGGACCUUUGUAAACCCCAAAGCUGAAGAAGGAGUUUGAACAGAAGAGUCUUUGUUUCUGUCACAUUUAAUUUGAAACUCAGGGUUGUGAAGCCAAAGUAGUCCAUGGCAGAACAUUCAGUUUUUACAUUUAAUAUUGAUCAGAUGGGCUUUGUGAAAUAUUUCAUGUGAAUUUAAUGGGUAUGGGUAUGUAUA